UUUUUUCUUUCUUCUGACAGCUGCCGUAUUUGUCAUAGUUAUCUCUUGCUCUUUUUUCUUCCCAGAAAAUUCGCAAAAAUCACACGACUAUUUGUCGAUUUCUGUCGUAAUUCUAAACGCUGCCAGUGAAAUUCAGCCAACGAUUGAGCAAAGCGCCGGAAAGCGCCGCUGUUGUGCAAUAUGAAGAUAUAGCCUGGUCGUCGGACGACACCUUCGCACUGGGGCACGACCGAGCGCAGAAUCUGGUAGGCCAGUGCCGAAACACAGUUUUAACAUCGUACGGAAUCGACUGCAGCAGUGGUUACCGAUUCUGUUUGCCGUAGACUGGUGAGUGGGCCGAAUUCGACUCGAUCAGGAGCCUUUUCCCCUUACCGGUAUUGCGUGGAUUGCAAACGUAUCAAUUUUGGCAGCCUCCCAGGUUGAAUCUGGAUUGCCCCUGACGUGUGGGAGGACGGUAAAUCCUGCUGCUCGCACUCAACGAGCAGAGGGUGCUUGUGUGUGUGUGUGUGUGUGUGCCCAUUGCUGGUUUCUUCGCCACGGAAGAGUUCCGUAGUUUCCUUGGUGACAGCGGUGAGAGGAAAUAUAAGCCGGAAAUAACGACGACCACGACGGACGACAGUGUGUUGGAAGUUUGGUCCGUGCAGGUGCCGGAAGGAUGGAAGCUUUAGUGGAAAAUGCGGCGGCACCGCCUUCCCGCUUCUACUGUCAUUCGUGCGCCAUCGAAAUCGAUCGCGUCUCAUCGGAAUUUACAUGCCCACACUGUCUGGAAGGAUUCAUCGAGGAACUACCGGCAGCGGAACGGAGUGGUGCUGCCGGAUCCACCGCAGCGGAACAGGACUUUGAGCAACCGUCGAACCUUUUCGACAAUCCACAGAUUAGCAAUGAGGCUAUCAGAUUGGCCGGAGAAAUCUUUACAAACUCCAUUCUGUCACCGUUCUUUCGGCGCAAUGACGGUGAGUCAGCCGGCGCUGCAGGCACGGGCAAUGGCGACCACGCGCUGUUCACCGUAGAUGACAUUCCUAUGGACGGUAGCAGCGGCCCGUCGUCCGGUGCGUCGGGAACUGGCACUGACAUGGGUGAAGGGUCUGCAGGCGGCGGCGGCGGCAGCAGCAGCAGCAGUGGCAGUGGGGGAGGUGGGGCUGGGGCGGCUGCUGCUGGUGGAGGAGACACCCGUCCCUCGGUGCGCUUUACCGGCAGACGGGGCAGUCGAAGGCGCGGCGUCCAGAACAUAAAUCACGUCGAUCAAAUAUUGCGCGAAAUCCUGAUAUCCGUGUCCGGCGGGGGGAACGGUGCCGGCGCCAGCGGGCCAAUGUUUUUCAUGGGCAACCCGGGCGACUACGCUUGGGGGCGCGAGGGCAUCGACACGAUCGUUACGCAGCUGCUCAACCAAAUGGACAAUUCGGGACCGCCCCCGCUAGAGAAGGAACGGAUCGCGGCGAUACCGACCGUCACCAUUAGCGAGGAACAGGUCGAACGGAAGCUACAGUGUUCGGUGUGUUUUGAGGAUUUCGUUGUUGGUGAAUCGGUCCGGAAGUUACCCUGCUUGCACGUCUAUCACGAACCAUGCAUCAUUCCGUGGCUGGAACUGCACGGCACCUGCCCGAUCUGUCGAAACAGCCUCUCGCCGGAAGAAUCGCACACCGGUGCGCAACCGCAAGACAGCUCCCAGUCGCCGACAGAGAAUUCGCAGCAAAGUGCACAGCAACAGACAGCAUCGCAAUCCGAUCCCUCAGGCCGGCAGAAUUCCAACUUUCUCACCUUCACCAUACAUGAUUUGCUUCCUACCCUUUCAGGGCCGACGAUGACGAACCUGCUGUUCGACAUGGGACCACCGUUGACGGCCACUUCGGUACCAUUCUCUAGUCCAUCCCCGUCGUCAGCUUCCGGCAGUGGCAGUGCCGCCGGAACGGGAAACUCCCAACCGGCCGCCGGUAGCAACGCCAGCGCCAGUGGGUCAGCGGGCGGCUCCGCGGUCAGCGGUGGUGGCAACGGGUCACAGGCGAGCAACAGUCAGCGAGACGAAGACGGUACCAUUGAUAACACGCUAGAGCUGGACUAACCAAAAAGGCUCCCCCUUCGUAAGACACAAAUUCGGCCACGACGGGCACACAGCCACGGACAUGCAGUCGCGCACAGGAUCUUUGAUCCUCCCGUACCCGCAGCAAAUGGUGCAAGCUUGAAUGGGGUUGGGAAGUGCAAUGGGGUAGCGCGAAGAAGAGAAUAAUGCGAAGAAAUAUGCUGUGCUAUAGAUAAGCUUGGUUUUCACACACGGUUGAUGCAAACAAAAAAAAAACACACACACACACACGAGACAUAUUGUCCGAUGCACCACAGGGCAAGAGGGGGGUCUUAGCAGUGGCGGAUCUAACGGUAGGCGGACUAGGCGGUCGCCUGGGGCCCCGCCGAUUAAGGGGCCCCGUAGGCCACCAUUCUAUAGUAUGCUGUAUGGACAGAGUACUAGCGCAAAGGGCCCCCGGAAGGAUGGACGGGUGGAUGCUGGCGAAUCAAUUGCACCCCCCCCCCCUCCCCGCCAGCAAACCUCUGUGUCAGAGUCUGUGACUGAUGAUCGUAGGGCCCCCCGACGACGUUCAAUCUCCCAACAGCCAGUUUACACCCCACCCCAUCCCCCGCCCCGAACACCACUUACCAUUUACAGGGGGCCUCAACUCGUUUUACCGCCUAGGGCCCCCGACACCCUUAAUCCGCCACUGGGUCUUAGCUCUUUGUCUGAGCUCUGAAGCACGGCAGUUCAAGCUUGUAACUUUUGUUCUUUAUGCGCUUGUUUGUAUUUAUUGUUUCUGUACGGCCCAUCAUGCUCUAAUUUAAUCAUUUCACAUGAUUACAGUAACCUUCCUCCUCGUCCUCGUCCUCCUUUUCCCUUUUUUGGCUUACCAGCGUUCUUUUGGUAGGAUAGAAUUUUCAUGCAUAUUAGAACACACCAACCAGGUCUAGGAUAAGCUAUAUUUAAUGUUUCUUAUUUGAAAGUUAUGCUUGUGCUUGCAUUGAAUCGUUUUUUUUUUUGUUGGUUGCGCAUUUUUUCCUUGUUUCGCGCUUAAUGAUUAUCAGUGAUUGUAAAAUCGCUUUUAAAGUGCAGCCAACGAUGCAUAGAAUUCCCUCGCUAGGAGUGUAACAAAUAGUACACAUACAAGACCUUCCUCUUCUCCGUACGGCUGGCACUAAACAAUGAAAGGAAACAGCAGGGCUCGGAAAGAAUGCGCACCUAGUGCGUUUAUGUGCGCGCUUGCGGCAACCGAAAGUGAGCUGAAAAGUUACUCGAUCAAGGAUUAAGGGCAAAAGGAGGGAGGGUUGGGUGGAUGGUUUAAACCCGAUGCCGGUAACUGCAUGCAUCCGCCGCAACCGCUUUAACGCCCAGUUGGUGUCAUAUUCCCCUGUGAUUUUGGCUUCUUUUCUGCCGAUUGAAUUGGGCUUUGAGAGUUGGUGGAAGAGAGUGAGUGAAAUCGACGCUCCCCGGCAGCAUUCGCGCGGGCACGAGCAAAUAGCAGCGCAUAUAUGUACAGAAUACAAUUGUAAUCAGCAGAAGCAAACAAUGGAUAAAAUGUAAGGUAAGGGUUAAUAGACACACAACAAAAACCGAGCGCUUUGCAAAGGCACAACACGAAGGACUGAAUGUAGGGCAGGGAUGGCAGGUAGAGUAGUUCGGGCACCGGACCGAACAUGAUGAACCCUCGUUGCGGGUCUUGGAAUGAUGGAAAAGAUUGCGAAUGAAACAUCAUUUCCUAUUUGCGGGACACAGAGAUUGCAGAGUGACACUGGAUAGAAACCCGCGCCAAUGAUGGUCGUUAGGUGUCUUUCUCUCUUCUCCAAUUCUUCCCGUUCUGGUCAGCGUCGUUGCUGGGGACGCUAAAAAGUAGGCUUUGGAAGUGCAGCCGAAUCGCCAUAUAGUGCAGCUUAGCACGUGACUGCAAUAGAACAUCAACAUUCUGGUUAGGCCGUCAGGGCAAGAAAAACACGUUUGAAACCAAUGUCGAAUCGCUAGUGCGCAUAUAUUACCGAGGCGGAAGCGGAAAGUAGAGUAUGAUGAACACGAGUUUUCGUACACUAAGUAAGACUGCUGCGCUGUAUGUAUGUUAAAUCGUACUCGACAAGUGAAUUAUUACCGUUUCAUACGUUUUUUUUUCCUAUUAAUUCCUUUCCCUUAAAUGCUUCAACGCAAAAGCAAAUCAGCGUUGGUAUUGUUUUACACCCAAGACUAAUCAAAUCCCCCUUGCUAUUUCGAACUAGUUUUACGUGUCAAUGAGCUUUAUUUGUAAAUUUAACACACGCGUACACGUUUUCAUCAUUUUGCUCCAUAAAAUGAUUCCUGUUCGUGUACUUUACAGUGAGGAAGAGGGGUUCCCAAAAGCAGAUAAGUUAUGUGGGGAUUCAAGACAGUUAACUCAACCGUUGAAUUGAAACGGCCUGACAUCCGCUGUGUGCUGUGGCGCAUACAUGGUACAUGCUGCAAAGCAAAUGGGUCGCUCGGAACGAGAACGGCAGUCGCCGGCUGAAAAGGGGUGUGAAUGAUACCGCUUAAAACCGAUCAUUUGACAUAUAAGUAACACACUAAGCUGAUAUGAUUAUUACAUAUUAUUAUUAUUAUUAUGAACAUUAUUAUUGAUGCGUUGAUAAUAAAGAAGAGCGAAGGAAAACCACCAUAGGACGGUUGCAGUGUUGUUUAAACAAGAAAAUGUCCGGAAAAGGGCAAUGAACUCCCCGUUGCCUUCUCU